UCGCUCUCGGCGCUUCGGCGGCGGCCAACGACAACCGAGCGAAGGUGCCUCCCUCCCUCCAAUGGGAGGCGCCCGUGUUAGUAACGGCGCCGCCAAUGGUAGAGAGUGUCGGAGUACCUGGUAACGGAGCCGGGGCUGCGCCGAGCCGCCUCCAAAGCAUGUGGAGCUGCGGGGGGCGCCGGCGGCGGCGUCUCUUCGCGGGCGCCUUCCUGGCGGUGUUGGCCGUCGUCGUGCUGAGCAGGUAUAUCCCCUGCCUGCCUGUUGUUUCGGAGGCCUGUAGGGAUGAGGAGGUUCAGAGGUUUAACUGGAGUGGCCUGGUCCCCAUGCGUUUGCGGGGCAGGAUCCAUGGCCUGCAGGCCAGGAACGCUAAGUUCUUGCUGGAGGGCAAGGAGUUUCGCAUCUUUGGAGGCUCAAUGCACUAUUUCCGCAUCCCCCGUGAAUACUGGAAAGACCGCUUGAUUAAGAUGAAGGCCUGCGGCUUGAACACCCUCACAACGUAUGUACCAUGGAAUCUUCACGAAGAAGUAAGAGGGAAAUUUGACUUCCGCGGAAACCUGGAUCUGAGGGCUUUCCUUAGGACAGCUGAAGAAGUUGGGCUGUGGGUGAUUCUGCGUCCAGGACCUUAUAUUUGCUCCGAGUGGGACCUUGGUGGUCUGCCCAGCUGGUUGCUCCAAGACCCCGAAAUGCAACUGAGGACAACGUACAAAGGCUUCACAGAAGCCGUGGAUGACUACUUUGAUCGCCUGAUGCAUGAGGUAGUCCGUCUUCAGUACAAGAAUGGAGGACCAAUCAUUGCCUUCCAAGUAGAGAAUGAAUAUGGCUCCUAUGCUGAAGACCCAGAUUACAUGAAGUACAUCAAACAGGCCCUGUUAAAAAGGAAGAUCGUGGAGCUGUUGAUGACCUCUGACAAUAAAGAUGGGCUGACCUCUGGCAUUGUGUCAGGAGCUCUGGCUACUGUUAACUUUCAGAAGAUGGAACCGGGUAUCCUGACGUUCCUUGACACAGUGCAGGACAACAUGCCCAAGAUGGUGAUGGAAUACUGGACUGGAUGGUUCGAUAGCUGGGGAGGACCUCAUAAUGUGUUUGAUGCAGAUGAAAUGAUGGCAAACAUUGAAAAAGCCAUCAAAGUGGGGGCAUCCAUCAACCUCUACAUGUUCCACGGAGGCACUAACUUUGGCUUCAUGAAUGGUGCUCUGCAUUUUGACGAGUACAAGGCAACCAUCACCAGCUAUGACUAUGAUGCCGUGCUGACCGAGUCCGGAGACUACACCUCCAAGUUUUUCAAACUGCGUGAGCUUUUCGUGAGCCUUGCAGAUAUGCCUCGUCCUCUACCUCCUAUAAUCUUAAACAAGGCAUCGUAUGGGGCGAUCCUGAUGCAGCAGUAUAUCUCCCUGUGGGAGGUGCUGCCAUCUCUGGUAGAGCCCUUGAAAUCCGAGCAUCCCGUUAACAUGGAGAACCUCCCGGUGAACAAUGGGAACGGGCAAGCUUUUGGAUAUAUCUUGUACGAGACUGUCAUACCCGGCGGAGGAGAGCUCCAUUCACAUGACCAUGUCCGGGACAGAGCACAGGUGUUUCUUAAUACUCUGCAUAUUGGCUACCUUGAUUACGUCAAACAGCAAUUGUCAAUUCCUGAUGGGCAGGGAUACAGGCAACUCCGGCUCCUUGUCGAGAAUCGUGGGCGAGUCAACUAUGGCCACAAUCUGAACAACCAGCGGAAAGGCUUAAUUGGUGAUAUCUAUCUCAACAAGACCGCCUUGAGGAACUUCAAGAUUUACAGCCUGGACAUGAAACCCAGCUUCAUAGAAAGCCUACGUGGGAUCACUCCUUGGAGCGCCGUCCCUGACAGCGCAAUGGGCCCAGCGUUCUUCCGAGGGACCCUUCAGGUGCAACAUAUGCCUCAGGACACUUUCUUGAAGUUAGAGGGUUGGAGCAAGGGUGUCGUCUUUGUCAAUGGGCAGAACCUCGGCCGCUACUGGAAAAUUGGCCCUCAAGGAACACUCUACCUCCCAGCCACAUGGCUCCAGCAAGGGCACAAUGAGAUCAUUAUUUUUGAAGAGCGUGCUGCAGGGCGAAUCAUCCAGUCCACAGACUUGCCUUUCCUCGGACGGAGCCAGUAUGUGGGCUGAACCAGGACAGGGGGUGGGGGGGCUUAUCCCUGACUGCUUCACCCCCCCACCCCAACUGGUUCAUUUGAGGGUAUGCGUCUGAAAUGGAUUUGUGGGAGGGAGGCAGGGAGAGUUUGGAAGGCUCCACUUCUUCCUCCAAAUCUUUGUGAAAGGUGUGCCCCCCGUCUCCAUCGAUGAAUUUCCAGGGCGUGGGUGGAAUCCUGUUGCUGAAUGCUCACACUGUCAAUGAAUUUAAGAGGCUGACUUCAAACACUGGAAGUGGGGAGGAAAUCCAACGUAUCUAGGAGUCCUUCCCUAGAGGAGUUCAGCUCUGCUGCUGGUUCUCUUGCCCUGUCUGGAACAAAAAAUGUGGAGAAUCUCUGUGGGAUCAGUGUGCAAGGCCUUUCAGGGAUCCACUGGAUUCAAGAAGCUGAUCCACAAACAAUUCGGCUUGAGUUGGACAUCCUUUUGUUCUCUUUGACACCUGCAAGUAGCCGACCUCUCUGCUCAUCUGCUGGGAUUUUUAGACAAUUGAAGACCUCCUUACUGUGAAGAAAAGGGAAUCUUUUUA